CGGUCCUGGGAUCAUUUGCGGACCCGUACAACUCUGGUCAGGAGUGAUUUUUUGAUUACGCCCAGAGUGUUCUUUUUCGAUUGUCAGCCAAUCAGCAUGAAGCUGAAAUGACCGGAAAUCAAGUCGGUAUUGGCAAGAGUUCCUCGUUUUUGGUUCGGGGGCGUAAUUUGCCUUUUUUGAGAUAUCGAGCUGAUAUCGAUAUUAGGAAGCCAGGACCCUGGGACAUCAAAUUUCGAGAGAUCAUCUUUACAAAGUAUCCCUAUGUAUGACGACCACAGAUUUACGGAUACGGAACGAAAACCACGCAGAAGCUAGUAGGAACAAAUUUUGUGGGCUCAAAAAACGACGAGGCGAAAAAAAUAGGGGAAAAGCGCGGCGCAGGACUGGGUGAGAGAAUGCUCGCUCUCCGCAUGCCUCUCUCUCCUUUUAUCGCUGUUGGGUUUUUGCGCUGCGUCCCCUUUCGCUGCGCCCAAAUUAACGAAUUGCUACGAAUUUUGGGAUUAGAAGGCCCAAAAGUGAGCACCGGUGGUGCUGUAUUAUUGUGAGCCACAGGUCAAUUCUCAUACGGGGGUCGGGGGUAUCUUUCUCCGAUCUGGAAAAAGAAAAAAAAAAAGUAAAAAACUCAUUUGAAACUGUCUAGACGCGCGCCGCCAGUUCUCAGGCGCCGCUUUUUUCUGGUUCAUCAGAGAUAUUGGAAACCAAAGCGCCAACUGGACUACCGCUUCCGAUCGCCAAUAAAGCCUUCCCUUUAUUCUUUGUGCCUGUUUGUACCCUUAUAAUUCGAAAGUAUCAGUACGAAAACUUUUUCCUCAUCCUCUCCGAUACUCCUCCCAAGCCCCUUCCAGCCCUUUGGUUUUACCCUGCAACGUAAGGCACACUGAUCAGCGGUAAGCUUUCGAAACGUAUGUAAAUCUGUCACGAAAAAGUGGAAAGAAAGAUGUCGGUAAAAUGUCCUCUUUACUGUUGAAUUCCAAAAAACCUGGAGUGCAGUUUGAGGAUAAAUGGCAUGAGCUCAAACCUACAGUAAACAAACUUUUAAAGCAACAAGCCGUCACCACUCAAGAAUGGCAGAAUCUUUUUUGGGACGUCCAUAAAGUCUGUAACUGGGAUGAAAAAGGAUCACAAAAAGUACACAAGGCUUUGAAAGAUGAAGUUACUAACUUUAUUAAACAAGUGCAAGAGCGUGUUUUGAAACACGAAGAUGAUUCCACAUUGUUGCGUGCCUACAUCAGUGAGUGGUCCAAGUUUUUUACUCAGUGUAACUAUCUCCCCAAGCCUUUUGGCACUUUGGAGUCCAACUUACAAGGCAAAGCUGGUGGAGGAGCCAGCAAAAGGCCUCUGACGGAUGGUGUUACUGUUCAGAAGUUAAUGCUUGACAGUUGGAAUGAUGGUAUAUUCUGUGCAAUCAAAUCAAGAUUGCAGUCAAGUGCCAUGAAGUUGGUUCAUGCAGAGAGAAAUGGAGAAGCUUUUGAUUCCCAACUGGUUAUUGGUGUCAGAGAAUCAUAUGUUAACCUUAGUUCAGAAAUUUUGGACAAGCUCAAGAUAUACAGAGAGAACUUUGAAAAGGCUUACCUUGAAGCUACAGAGGAGUUCUACAAAACACAGGCUGCUGCAUACCUGCAAGAGAAUGGAGUGCAAAAUUACAUGAAAUAUGCUGAAAUGAAGUUAAAAGAGGAGGAACAGCGAGCUGUUCGGUACCUUGAAACAAGGAAAGGCUGUGACUCAGUUUCAGUGCUCACAGAUCGUUGUGUAAAUGUCCUGGUGGGAAGUUUCAAAGAGACCAUAUUGGCUGAAUGCCCAGGAAUGAUUGCUGCUAAUGAAACUGAGAAGCUACUGCUAAUGUUCCAGUUGAUGGAUCGUGUGCGAGGCGGAGUGGAUCCCAUGAUAGCCAAUUUAGAAUCUUAUAUCGUCACCACAGGACUUGACGACAUGAAGGCAUCUGCUGAUACUAUUACAUCUGAUUCUGAGAAAUAUGUAGAGGAGUUACUUACCCUGUUCAACAGAUUUAGUAAACUUGUCAAGGAAGCUUUCAAUGAUGACCCACGAUUCCUCACAGCAAGAGAUAAGGCAUUCAAGACAGUUGUGAAUGAUAGUACAAUUUUCAAGUUGGAACUUCCAAACAAAAACAAAGCGGGUGGCAGUGGUGGUUUGAAUGUCAAAACUCAGCCUGAGUCUCGUUGUCCAGAAUUGCUGGCCAAUUUCUGUGAUAUGCUGCUAAGGAAAACUCCGUACAGCAAAAAGCUGACAUCUGAUGAAAUUCAAGCAAAGCUCAAAGAUGUUUUGUUGGUUUUAAAAUACGUUAUCAACAAAGAUGUUUUUAUGAGGUAUGUGAGUUUAAUAUCCAUUGUGGGGCAUUUUUAUAUAGAACAUUGCCGCCAUGUUUUGACUCACAGCUGAGUUAAGCCCCAGCCAAACGAUCGCAACAUUUCAACGCAACAU